AUGCCUCUCGAUGAAGAGGGUGCCAAGUGGUCUUGCGAACCGUGCAUUCGCGGCCACCGAUCCUCAAAAUGCCAACACUUCGACAGACUUAUGAUGAAAGUACCCAAGGCUGGACGCCCCCUGGCCAAAUGUCCUCAUCCGAAGGGAUCUUGCAGUUGCCAGAAAACAUUUGCGUUCAUGGUCCGGAUUCCGAAAGGCUCGACUUGUUUAUGCCGGCCCCUGUAUAAAGUCCCUGCAAAUACAGAUGAUUCCUCGCAGCCUAUCCCGACACCUGUGCCCCCGGUUUCGUCUUCUUCGGGCAAAGUGCAGAAACCGGGAAGAAGACACAGCAAUAUUCAAUCAACGUCGGGAAAUCUUGCGAAGGCGCUGGAGUCCAUGCCGGACAAUCCUAAAUUCGAGGAGGGUGUGGCCAAUUACGCGGCAAGCGUUCCUCACCACUCUGAACAGAAUGGUUGUCACCCAACACCUCACCCAAGCAUGCAUUCGAGCAAUGGCUUUUCACCUGCACCUGUAUCCGAUGAAGCUACCAUAAAUGGAUCCAGCUGCUGUUCCAAGAAACCUCAGCCCCCACCAGUAGCUUCUAAUGGUGGAGGUUCUUGCUGCUCUGGAAAGUCUAGUGCACCCCCGACACUCAAUACUAUCUUCAAUGGGAAUGGGGUCAAGACGAGUCAACCUUCUGGCUGGAACGGCAUGUCCUACGUGGAUUAUUCUGCACCCCAGAUGCCUGCUUGGCAAAACCCAAUGGCCUCUGCCCAAGGCCAAUUCAUGCAGACUUUGGGAAUGAAUAGCGCUCAGUCCCAUCCACUUUACAUGCACGAUUACCAGCCAGAUGUGUCCUCUACACCAUCUUACUCGAAUACGAUGAAUGGUCUUGGGGUUACGCAGACAGCCGUGACUCAAUUCGCGUCGAACCAUUUCCAAAAGUCUUCCUACGCCCCUCCCCAGCUUGGCGCCGAUUCUUGCCAUGACUGCGAAUGUGGAGAUGAAUGUCAAUGCCUAGGCUGUGCGACCCACCCAUUCAACAACACGACCCGCCAACAUGUCCAGGAGAUGGGUGUUAUGAUGACCUUCGAUGGAGAUGAAAAUUCCCCCGAAACCAUCACCAAUGCCUACCAGCCAUCUCCCUUCCAGGGUACUACCCCAUCGACUCCAUUGAGCUUCGGUUUCAUGCAACAAAACCCUUCAAUGGAAAGCACUGCCCAGCAAAACUCCUUCGAUCCGUACUCAGACCACAACUCGACCAUGUCCUCUGGCUACUCCUCUCCUCUCCGCGCCAGCCACCUUUUGAACCAGCAGUUGAUGCACCCAUCUGAAUACUACACUCUGGAGUACCCGGUGGGAAUUCCGUCAACUUGCUCCGACGUGACGGGUAGCUGCCAAUGCGGCAAUGACUGCAGCUGCGUUGGCUGUCUCACACACAGCGGCCACAAUGGCGUGUCUUUCGAGGCACCUACCCCGGACCCAUCUACUACCCACACGACAGAGCAGCAACCCUCAUCUCAUUGCCAUACUCCUGCGACGUCUGUCGGUAACCAUACCUCGCAUAUUCCUGUGCUAGAAAGCAUCUCAGUCCCAUGCCUGAGCCCACGCACGCUUGAGACAUCCAUGAUAUGA